CCGGUCAAGAAACAAAAUGGCGGACGUAGACCAGUGGAUUGAUAUUGCAAAACAAUGUAAAUAUCUUCCAGAAAAUGACCUAAAGAAACUUUGUGACCACGUCUGCGAAUUGUUGCUUGAAGAAUCCAAUGUUCAACCAGUUUCCACGCCAGUUACUGUUUGUGGAGACAUUCAUGGACAGUUUUAUGAUUUGGAGGAAUUGUUUAAAACUGGAGGACAAGUUCCAGACACAUCAUAUGUGUUUAUGGGUGACUUUGUGGACAGAGGCUAUUAUAGCUUGGAAACGUUUACCAGGUUACUGACAUUGAAGGCCAAAUGGCCUGAUCGCAUUACACUUCUGAGAGGAAAUCAUGAAAGUAGGCAGAUUACUCAAGUUUACGGCUUUUAUGAUGAAUGUCAGUCCAAGUAUGGAAAUGCCAAUGCCUGGAGAUAUUGCUGUAAAGUGUUUGAUCUCCUCACUGUUGCUGCUGUUAUUGAUGGAUCAAUUUUAUGUGUCCAUGGCGGGUUAUCGCCAGAUAUUCGAACUCUCGAUCAGGUUCGAACUAUAGAUCGUAACAUGGAAAUCCCACACAAAGGAGCUUUCUGUGAUCUUGUGUGGUCUGAUCCAGAGGAUGUUGAUACCUGGGCUAUAAGUCCCAGAGGUGCAGGAUGGCUGUUUGGGGCCAAGGUUACUAAUGAGUUUGUACAUAUCAACAGCUUGAAGCUGAUAUGCCGCGCUCACCAGUUAGUACACGAAGGAUACAAGUACAUGUUUGAUGAGACAUUAGUCACUGUUUGGUCAGCUCCAAACUAUUGUUACCGUUGUGGAAACAUUGCUUCAAUUUUGGCUUUCUCUGAUCCUGAUACAAGAGAUCCUAAGCUGUUUAAAGCAGUACCAGACUGUGAAAGGAUUAUACCUCCCAGAACCACAACUCCUUACUUUCUGUAAAUUUGUAGAAGUAAAACAAGAUUCAAUGUUUUCCUUUCAUUAAAAUUCAAAAGCACUUUAUGUAAAUAACCCAAUUGGGUGAAGACUUUUCCAAUUUGACACAAGGGACUGGAAGCAUGAAGAGUGCUCUUGAAGUCAUGAUCAUUUUGUGAGGCAUAUUUACAUAGCAUUUUUAAGGUUGUGUUUCUCUGAAACUUCAAAUUGUCUUUGUAAAUAUCUCUUGUGGGCUAGCUGUGUAAUGUGUACUUUGUUUAAGAGAGAAUUUUUUCAAUAUGAAUUACCAACAGUUUUCAUAGAAGUUGUCUAAUCAUGUUGUUAUCCACCUACUGUAGUUACCUGUUAAAUUUCAGUUUAGAGCCAUGGAAAGUAUUUCACCCAUCCAAAGCAUGUUUUCCAGAAUUAAAACUUGUCAAGAAAGCAUUCAAAUCAUUAACAUGCUCUUUUGAGAUACACUGUUUUAUUGUCUCUUGCUUCAUUUAAUAUCGCUAAUAUCAAAUACAGGAAGAAAAUAGAGAUAGCUGCUUUGUAGAUGUAAAAUCUUGUUUUUUACGAAUAAAAGAAUUAGUGUUCUGCUGGAAACUAAUGCCUAAAUGGAA